GUCUACGCUGUCGAAGGAAGGCAAUUCAUCAUUUCUCAAGCAUCAGCCGUUGGUCAAUAGUCCAUUCAAAUCAACCCAAUUAAUUCUCGAUGGUGUCAAGUUGAGAGACAGUGCUGAAAAUAUACAAGUGCAAGAAUACGAAGCGUGUGACGAGCAAAUCGCGUUUUACGUCAGCAAUAAUUCAUCGGUUGCCUCGAACGAUCCAUUUAAUGUCAGUCAGAGCGGAAAGUAUAUUAUCAAAAGAAAAGUUUCCAAUUAUCAUCAACCGGGUGUGUUUAUAUACAAACGGAUUUUAAUGAAUCCUUGCAAACGCGUUCCUUAGAGUAUAGCUUGCGUUGUCCUCAGAGGUCAAAAAUUGAUUCGCUAAGCAACUCAAGUAGCCGCAGAACUGAGUCCCAGUGUGCACUACUAGGAAGUGUGAAAGAGUUUAACAUAACGUACGCUUGCGCUACAGUUGGCCAUAUGUUAAGCUACGCACAGAAAGUGAAUUUACCAGAAUUAAUGCUGCUGAAUGUGCUGAUAAAACACCUCAUAAACUCUAAUAUUACAUAACGAACGUUAGAAUUCGUAUAUAACUGAUCUUUACUGAAAAGUGGAAGAAUUGUUUACAAGCACGAAAUCAGUGCAACUCCAAUUGGAUAGCGUAUACAGAUUUAAAAUCCUGGCAAGAGGAGUAUCAAAGAUACUUGCUACUCGGUGAAAACAGUAACGCAAGUUUUUUUCCAUCCCGGCUGGAAAAUUUCAAUUCGAAUAGGAAUGAUGAAUCUCAAAAUUCUGUAUCUGCUGGCCUCGCUGGCCAUGCUAGUGCCGCUGAUCAACGGACGAGCGGUGGACCUUGAGCAGGAUAACUCCCUCUCUGCAUCGUCGUCAUCUUCAUCUGGACCACGAAUGGCCCGACCUAAUUUCGUAAAAAUUACAUCGCCCCCUCCAGCGCAAAUCACCCAGGUGCGGGGUAGCACCAUUGAGCUCGAGUGUGAGGUGAUGGGUUCGCCAACUCCCUAUGUACAAUGGGUUCACGGCAGCGGUCAAACGGCAGAUUGGGACGAUGCAACCAUGAACAUCAUUAGCGAAAGCAGCCCUACGACAAUGGCUCGUGUAGUAUCGCGAUUAGUAUUGGACCAUUCGUCACAUGCUGCUGAAAGCACAUACACUUGCAUCGGCCGAUCAGGAGGUCAAAUCGCCGUUGUAUCGACUACCGUCUAUCACGUUGAAGCACCCCGCUCCAACUUCACGGACAUGAUCAAACCUGGUCACCAUCUGUUCAUGCAUCUGAAGUCAGCACGUAUUACGCUCCACUAUAAGGCGUUAUUCGAGUACAUGGGUUCAACAGUGGUACUCCCGUGCAAAGCAGUUGGUCGCCCGCUACCCGAAAUCACAUGGAAAAAUGAAGAAGGCAAUGCCGUUGGAAGCAUGCAAGAUCCUCGCUUCCGUACGCUUCCCACCGGAGAGCUCAUCAUUAACGAUCUCCGAUGGGCCGACAUGGGAUCAUAUACAUGUGUCGCUAAAAAUGCAAUUUCCAAAGAUGAAGCGGAAACCUUCCUCUAUCCCAUUCGACCCAACUAACGUACACCGUUCAACAUGACAAGUUGGAAACUCUCUUGGACUAUGAAUAAUACAACCGAAAUCACUAUUAAAACAUAAAGUUACUAUUUUCAACAGUCAGUAGAGAACACUUAUGCCAUUUACCAUUUACUUAACUUAUUAUUAAACAUAUAGGACGCAAACGAUAUCAAUUAAUUUAUUUAAACAACUUUAAAAAAGUAUUUCAAUUACUCUUGAAUACUAGCAUAUAAGUUUAUAUUUUAUAUAAAAACGGCCAAAUGGUACGAGCACAAGCGUGAAAUCUUGUCAUUACACUGUUAACUGUAAAUAGAACCGCUAGGAAUGGACGGAACCCGUUUAUGAAAUGAUCUUAAUACAGCAAAUUGGUGCAUGAGGAAAAAAAUCUCUACGUACAAUAAAACCUUUCGAAAGAAAACA